UCAGCUCCUCCCUGCCUGGCUCAGGUGGUUCCCAGUUAAGGCAGGGGUGGGUUUGCACCCAGCUCCUCCUGCCUGGCUCUGGUGGCUCCCAGUUAAGGCAGGGGUGGGUUUGCACCCAGCUCCUCCUGCCUGGCUCAGGUGGUUCCCAGUUAAGGCAGGGGUGGGUUUGCACCCAGCUCCUCCUGCCUGGCACAGACAGUUCCCAGUUAAGGCAGGGGUGGGUUCGCACCCUGGGUGGAGCUGUGUCAUUUUUCACUAUCUGCCCACUAAAGCUCGUUUGUCUCCCAACGCCGAUUCCGAGAUUGAUGGGCUAAUUACAUCCUGCCUGCCUUGGAGCUUAAUUGAUACGUGUGAGAGCAGCACCCAGAGCUGGCAGCUUCUCCAUUUGAUGGAUUGCAAACCAGAACCAAACCCUCCGAGUUUAAUGGCCAUGGAAGAACUGGUUGUGAUCCUGCACGGUGAAAGAUUUGGAUCAGGUGUCUCUGCAAAACAGCCCCACCUGGGAUGUUCCUGCCCCGUGCUUGUGAUCUGAUGCACAUUCCAUCCUGUCCUGGCUUUCAUUUUGUUCAGGACAGAUUGCAGGAAUCACCUGGAUAUCUGAUAUUGCAACAACACAUCUGGUGCUCGCAAUACAACAAAAAUUAAACAGCUCUUGCUCAGAGUGACAACAGCUAUGAUUAUUUAUCUGUGGAAGAGAAGGAGUGUUUGAUGUUCCUGGAGGAAACCAUUGGUUCCCUGGAUGCAGAGGGGGACAGUGGGGUCUCCACGGAUGACACCGACUAUGGGGAGCCCCCCAAGCCCAGGAAAGGCCUCGUGCCCCGGGAUGUGAGCCGGGAUCAGCGGCGUGGGGCUGAUCAGAGCAGCGCCCAGAGCGUCCCUGCCUCCUCCAGCGCGGCGCCAGGCCUGCCCAGGAGCAUCCCCGCCAUUGUCCCGGCAGUGCCAGCAGGGAGAGCUGCCCAGGAGGUGCCCAGGGAGGGCCGGCUGCCCCAGGCCAGCGCAGCGAGCCACCCCAAGCCGGUGGUUCUGCACCCCCCAGACCCCCUCCAGGGGGACCUGCAGUGGUCUCGCAGCGCCGAGGGGGAGGCGGCCAAGGAGAGCAGGGUUCGGACUUGGUGGGGCCACGCAGAGAAACCCGGCCCGGACGAGCCCCCGCAGGACCCCGAGGCCAAGCGAGCGCCUCCCACCGCCCCCAAGCCGCGGCAGCUGCCCCCCAACAUCAUCCUGAGGGCCGGCAGGAGCGGCGCCGAGCAGGGCCGCAGGGCCCGGGCAGCCCCCGCUCCCUCAGGCAGCCCUCAGCCCGGCCCUGGCGGCGACUGCGCCGCGGAGAAGGGCAGUUCGGGCCACCUGGACCCCCGGGAGAAGGAGAAAGCCCGAAGGGAGGCCCUGCAGAAGCUGGGCCUGUCCCAGGACAGGAGCGAGCCCGGCGCCCACCUCCAUCCCCAGCCCGGCCAGGGUUCGGCGCCGGGGCUGCGGCCCUUGGCCUUCAAAUCCAACACGCUGGAGCGCUCCGGGGUGGGGCUGGGCAGCUCCAUGGGCAGCAGCAGCAGCAAGGAGCAGAGCUGCAGGAGCAGCAGCAGCUCCCUGGGCAAGAUGUCCUUCAUCGAGCGCCUGGCCCCCGGCUUCCUGCGCGGCCGCGGCCGGCCCGCGGCGCCGGGCGCGGGGAAGGACUUUGCCGGCCUCAAGGAGCAGGAGGAGCAGGACAAGAGCAGCAAGAGGAGAUCCCACCCUCUGCCCGGCUUCCCCAGGCCCGCUCGCUCCGCUGUCAGCGUGAAGAUCUCCCCGAAGGGCGCCGCCGACGAGAACCGGCGCGAGGCGCUCAGGAAGCUGGGGCUGCUGAAGGAGUAGCUGCUGGAAAAAGGGGGUUUGCACCCCGAAUCCAGCAGCCUGCACUGCCUGGCCCUGGCCACCAGCAUCCCCUGCCACCUGCCACCCAGCCUCGGGAGAGCUGCUGGGAGCUUCACACCAAAUACGGGACAGAAUGUUUUGUAUAUAGCAGAUGGACGUGAGCUAUUUAUACCAAGGUCUCUCAGCUGGACGGGGUGUGUUCUCCUGCAAGGGCUUGAAUGCAUUUGGGGAUUCACCAGAACAGGGAAGCCAUGGAAUUAGGGGUUUGGCUUGUCUUCAGAGGGGUUGCCUGUGGAUAAAGCGUCUCUGGGAGGAACUGCUGGACUUUGCUGCUCCUUUAGGACUUUUUUGGGGUUUUUUUAUUAAUUUUGUCACAGCCUCUGAGUCCUGGGCAUUCACCUGCCACAUGAAAGUGCCUCCCAAAAGCAUCACUGCCUGCUGGAGGGGCUGGAGGGCUGCAGAGCCACCCCACUGCCUCCCCUGCCACACUCUGCUCUCCCAGCCAGCCCUCAGCACCUGGACCCAGCACCUGGCAGAGCCUUGAACUGCAGGAAGUGACAGCUGAGGAGGCCAGAGGCUGUGCUGGUGUCACACCAGAAGAGCUGCCCAAAAUAGGGCAGGUGCAGGUCUGGAACAGCUCCAGCUCCUCCCUCCUGAGCUGUGCUGGCUCCUGUCAGCCCAGCUGAUGCUGCUCACCUUGGGGAACAGGGGUGGCUGCUGUCCCUAAUAAACCUGUGUGUGAUCAGAAAGGGCUGUGUGCUGCAGAUU